GAACAAUGAAAUCGAAAAUGGAAAUAGAAAUUCCCCACGAUAAACACAUUUUACGUAAUAUUGUAGUUCAAAAACGAAAGUACACUACUGGGGAAUUUUAAGAUUUUGAACAGAUUAUGCAAAUUUUUCUGCGAGUAGGUGAAUCCAUUGUUGUGAAAAGUUACAGUGUAUGCAGAAUUGCAUUUCAAACAAUCAUUGCGCUGCUAUUUAUCUGCUGGACAGAGCUUCAAAAUAAAAUAUACAAUUGGACGAACGAUAGCCAGAGGAUGAGCCGACAAAUGGGUAUGGUAGUAAGCAAAUGUCAAGAAAAGCCGGAAAAUAUGGAAGAUAAUGCCAGUAAAGUACUGGUGGGACAGUUAAGAGAGCAGAUCACUCUGAAUGGGGAACUUCAGGAGGAACUGAACAAGCUGAGGAAGAAAGUUGAGGACCAGAAUGAAAUGAUAGAAAAACAAUUUGGAAAAGACAUUGAGAGAACUGCCAAGGGCAGAUACAACAAUACAGGGGAGAUAAUCCAACCGACCACUUUGUCCAUCCAGUGUAGGGAGAUUUUCGAUGAAGAAUGGAGAAAUGUUAUGAAAAGCCUGUUUCGGGGCAACAAGGAACUGGCGGGGAUUAAAUUUCUGUCGAAAAUUCUCGAGGACUGUCAAUCAUUUUGCCAGACAAAAGCAAAGAACCAGCUAAUGAACUUUGUAAAUCCUUACUCGGAAAACGCAGUGCAUACCGUGGAGGAAGUAAUUAAGUCAACAGAAGAUCUUCAUUACUUACACAAACUUCGUCGUACUGUUGGUCUACAUCAGCAAAAUAAAGCAGCUAUAAAGCGUCUGUUUGGUAGGGAGUGUAAGGAAAGAGAAGACUUCCAAAAAGUUACGGAAGAAAUAAAAGAGGACGAAGAUGAAAUGAAGUGUCUUGAAGAAUAUGUUAACAACUGUUGUGACCUUUGCUGGCAAUGUGCCAUCUCCGAUCCACCAGUGUUACUCAAAUUUGACGUGCUUAGUAAACAUAUUGACGACGUGUCUGAUAAUUUCCAAGAGUAUCAUUAUAAAGGUGCGGUAGAGGAUGGGGGUUUUAGUAAGACAGUGAUGCAGGUGGUCUGGCCAGCAGUCGUGAUGUAUGAUGAUGAAGGUUCUGAGAUUCUUGUUGAUAAUGCUAAAGGUUAUGUUAUUGUGCAUGUAAGCUCGGCUGUUUAACUUAAUUACGAUUUAAAAACCGAUGUACACACCAAGUACAUUGUGAAAUCAUAAAUAUUUGUGGCGGACUAACUUUAGUGAAUUUUGUCUUUGUGCCAAUCUAUGAAAACUAAAUAUUGAAGAAUAAGCAAAUUGUAUAUUACAUUAUAUUUAAAAUUUUACAGUCAUGAAUUCAUGCCACCACGAAAUAAUUGUUUUAUACAAAACCAUAAACUUUAAUGGAACGGAGAUAAACAAUUUUACAGUAUAUCUGGAUGAAUGACACUGUUAUGAGAAAACAAUUACUUCUGUAAGGAGGCCAGAUUUUAUUUCUGUAUUUAUUUGAAACAAUAAAUCAAAUUUUAAUCAGAAUACCAAAACAUACAAAAAAAUCAGCAUUACAGGCACCAACAGAAAUAUGAAAUUGCACAAGGUUUUUUCCCCAGACUAACAUAGCUAUACAAACUGGUAAGGCAGGUAAUUUGCUUCUUUUGCAAUUAAAAAGCCUUUUAUUUCAAACAUAUAA